UUUUUUCUGAAAUAUAAAAUGUCACGAGGCAAAACAGGCGGAAAUAUGGAACCAAUGCCAUUUGUGCGGCGUUGGGGUGCUUCAGCAAAUGAUGACGAUGUGGAAGACCCAACACGAGUUCACCCAAAUGGAAGUGAAUCUGCAAGUGAUGUUUCUCCGCCUAAAAAGCAUCGACAUCGUGAUCGUUCACGAUCCCCGAAGAGAGACAAGCGACGUUCUCGUUCUCCUGAUAAAAAGAGACAUAAGAAACGUUCAAGGUCGCGUGAGGGACGAAGCAAGAGGCGCCGAUCUCGUAGUCGUGAUGAUGGUAGAGAUAGAGAUGAUCGGUCACGUGACGAUGGCUUAUCUGCUUUUCCUCCCCCUCCAGAUUAUCUCCAACAAGUUCAGCAACGUCAACAACAGAUAGAAAUGCAAAUCAUGCAGCAGCAGAUGCAACAAUCAAUGAAGCAAGAAGUUUCUGAUUAUGGCCAAACUUGGCAGGAGGAGCAACAAAAACAGUCGGCAGGGGGUGAUGCCCUUUCAGCGGCGCUUGCAGCAGCGGCAAUGGUGGCUCAGAAAUUGAAAAAGACUCACGGAGCUCCCGUAUCUACCGAAUUAAUUGCUAAAAUACCUCCUAAGCAGACUGGAUAUGCUGAUACGGUUCUUUCUAAAGACCAGUUUGAUGGUAAAAAAGCAGGACAAACAGAAAGUGAUGAACAAAGAGAGAAACGACGUAAAUCGCGUUGGAGCAACACAAAAGCUUUUGUACCGGGAAUGCCAACAAUUUUACCUGCUGACAUCGAUGAUAAUCAACGACAGAUUUAUUUGCUUCAAAUGGAUGUUGAAGAAACAACGCGUCGAUUACGGCAAUGUGACUUUGGUCAAAAUUUGGAUCCGUCAGAGAGGAGUCCAUCGCCAGAACCUGUUUAUGACAUAACUGGAAAAAGAUUAAAUACAAGAGAAAUACGUAAACGACAGGAGCUUGAACUGCGGCGGCAUGAGAAAAUCCAAGCAAUUUUGAGGUUAAAUCCUAACUACAAGCCACCAACGGAUUAUCGGUUUGUUUUUGAUAUUUUGGCACCUUUCAUAUGUUUCUGUUCUUUCUAUUUUCUUCUUGCUUCAAGAAAUUAA